AUGUACGAAGCUCUCAAAACUGGUUAUGCUCAACCUGUAAUUCGCUCGAGAUUUGGGGCUGUUCGUGGUCACGAAGGCAAUCCAUUAUCUGUUCUCUGUGAAGUUGAUGGCUUCCCAGAACCAAAUCAAGUUGUUUGGAGACGUGUAAUUGAAAAUGAAGAUGAUUCGACUAAGAAUAGGCUAGUUUCUGUUAGCAAUGCUAUGUUCAAACCGCAUGAGAGCACUAAAGAUGCUAUUAUGGAAUGGACUGAUGCUUCAGAUGCUACUGGAUUUUAUAUGUGCACAGCAACAUCAACAUUAGGAUCAGACAGUUUAUUGUUGGAAGUUCGUAUCAAAAGUAAAUUGGCUCCUUUAUGGCCUUUCAUUGGAAUUAUAGCUGAAUUGGUGGUACUUGGUAUUAUAAUAUUGAUUUAUGAACGUACUCAAGCUAAACGUCGUCGUGAAGAAGAACGGACUACGUUGUUAAAACAAAAUCCAACUGGUGAUCGAUGUUAAACAAAUCUGCUAAUUCCUUGUGAUUGAAUCACAUCUGUGUUUGUUCACCUCGUUCCCUAUCUUGUGGUUUUCAGCGUCAGUUACAGUCUCAUCUCAGUACUGUUUUCUUUUAAAAACAACAUUUAUUUGUUUGUUUGCUUGCUUUUUAUUUCUCUUCCUUAUCAAGUGGCAUAUGUUUGUACGUGUGUCUGUGUGUGUGUGUGUGUGUAUGCAAGUAUGCACGUGCUCAUGUUUGCAUCUAUGCUAUUUUCGGCAUUGACCCUUAGGUAUUCUCACAUUCAGAUUGGCAAGAGUAUUAGCUCAUUUGUACGCCGACUGCUGUUAUUAUUAUUAUUAUUAUUAUUAUUAUUAACAUGAUAAAGGAUAUGAAUAUUUGCUUUUAUUUUCACAUGUCACUUAAUUUCUUAUUCUGAUUGACACUUCAAGAAAGAAAAGAAGACCUUGUAGUCUUACUCUAUGCGUACUGUUUAUCCUUAUUAUGAUUACAAUUAUUAUUAUCGUCGUUUUCUUUUUUUUUGUGCUGUAUUACUUAUUUCUGUGUUUCCAGCAAAACCUCUUCACUAACUAAUUUAUCUAAUAUAUUUACUUGCCUAUAACAAGAAAAGGAAAGAUUGUUUAUUCGUGUGUGUGUGCGUGUGUUGAAUACAGAUGAACAUUUGAAUUCUACACAUAUUCAUCUUCUCUAUACCAUGUAGUGUAAUGAAGAUAUACAACUUAUGUAAUCGUUGUUUGUUUUUUUCUUUAAUUAUUUAGUUAUAUCAUUAUUUUACCGUUAAAUGUAUAAUUUUAAUUUGUAUCUGAUUUGUUCAUUAUAUUCAUUCAUUGUGACUGAGUUGUUUGUUUGUUUGUUUUUCUGUACUCCUUUAGAACAGCUUUAUCUUACAAUAUAAAGAUAAAUAAAUUAUAUAUUUAGUU